AUUAAAGUACCUAGAGAUGGGCUUUUCCAGAUAAGGGCAGUGCGCUGACCAUUCAGCAUUUCCCUCCUCUUCUGAUCUUCCUCUUUUCCCCUCCUCCCGGAUUCUUUCUCACACUUCCCACGCCUAUCCCCUAAUUCUGAAAGGCCUUGACCACGUCUUGUCUCAAUAAGCUUGUUCUAGAAUGUUGAGCUUCGGUGAAGAUCAUCAGCUGGAUCUGUGAAAUUAUAUAAUUAAAUUCGCGCGUGCGAUGGACGCCAAGAAUUCCCCUCACUAUCAGCCAACGGCUCGCUCUCUGCCUACCGACCACGAGCAGGUCUUGCCCUUGCUGGGUAAACCACCUGCGUGGAUGACACCGAACGGCGUUCACUCGGUUGCUAUUAAUAACCAUCCCUAUCAUCCUCCCCAUCCAUAUACCUAUCCGAUCGCGACGCCCAUUCCUGGCCCUGUACUGGGCUCUGCGCCUCCGCUGCUACCAUCACCGAUUCCCUCAUUACCACCGCAACAACAUCAACUACAACAACCGUCAUCGCUACCACCACCACCACCACCACCGUCCGCACCAGUCCAGAGUACUGCACCACCGCUCGCCGCUGCAGAAACAACCCGCCAAGAUGCAAACAAGAACGGAGUGACCAAGGCGCGCAAACCGCGCAAGACCAACAAUGCGUCCGGGGGCAGAUCAACACUGUUCUGGGUCCAUACUGACCCCAAGUCGGUCUCGGAAGGAACCAGGGAAGAGACACUCAAGCGCAUUCGUUCGCAUGUGAUGUCCGAGCAUAAUCGCAAGAAGCGACUGGAAAACACCAAGCGGCACAAGAGCAAAACUUGGAAGCACCUGGCUUUUCAACCGGUAGAAACAACAGCCUCGAGCUCGGCUGCUGCUGCGCCCUCAGCCUCCCAGACGAACCCUUCACCUAAGCAAACGGUCACCGAGUCCUCCUUUGGAGCCCGGAAUACUUCCGAGUCGCCGUCUCCAUCCUCUUCAUCCUCAGCUUCAUCAUCCCCGGAACAACGGCAUCGAGAGGAACCGCAGAAUGCGUUGGUGGUUACGGAGGCCAGCAGUUACCCAGUUGUUACAUCGGCAGCGGUCAACACCUACAGCAUUGACGCGCCCUCGUCUCACGAAUUUUCGCCCGUGCAGUUGGCGUCUCCAUGGACUCUGGUGGGUCAGGGCGGUAGUGACCCUUUCAAUACCUCGCAUACAGUGCUUUCAGACCGUAUGUCGCGGCAUCUUCAACAUUUCUUCGAACUGACGCAGAUCUCGUAUCCACUGCAACGCCGGUACGGGCCCAAGUUGAAAGCCCACUGGGCUGCGUUGGUGCAACAGGACCCAGCUUCAUUGCAUGCCUGCAUAUGUGUCGCAGCAUCCAACCGUGCUUUAGAGAAGGGAGAGCUGCCCUUGCGAGAUCCCAAUGAGCGGCGCUCCAGUGCGCUACUCCUCGAUACCUUCCACCAUCGAGGCGAGACAAUUCGACUGGUCAACGAAGGCCUCUCUGACCCGAUCAAGGCGUCCAGCGACGAGCUGAUCGCAGCCGUAUCCAUUCUUCUUACUAUUGAGAUCGCUUCCGGUAACCCUGAUUACCUGAAAAUCCACCUUGCCGGACUGCGGCAGAUGGUCGGCAUGCGCAACACCUUCGCAGACGUGCCUCCUGAUGUCCGAUUCCAGAUCUCAUGGACGGAUAUUCGGGUUGCAUGUAUGGCUUCGACCAAGCCUAUAUUCCCUUUCAUUCGUUACACCCGUCCUUUGCAUUUGGCGCUCAGAUCUCCCCAUGAAGAUCUUGAACACACAGCCUCCCGCUUGAUACAACUAAUUGAGAUACCCGGCAUCUUCGGCGGUGCCCUGCCUAAAACAAUAUGGGACCUACUUGAGCUGACCUGGUACUGCGAAUGGAUUAAGAGCGGGCCGAGCUAUCAAGAAUUCGACGAGGAGACCGAGAACUACUUCAACAACGAAGUGCUCCACGUGGAGUACGCCCUCCAUACGGAUCGCUUUACCCCUACCGGCGAAGUCAAGGGCGAUGCCUCUAUCGAAGGCUGCGUUCGACUGGCAUGUCUGCUGUUCCACAAUAAUGUGCUAUGGAAUUUCUAUCCGGCAGUGGCGCCGGUGUUCCCCAAACCCAUCAUCAACCUUCGCCUGGCAUUGGAGGCCACAAUGAAAGCGGGGUAUUUCGAGCUGUGUCGAGACGUCCUGAUCUGGAUUCUCUUCAUCGGAGCAACCAGCUCCGGCUUGCUACCCGAUCGAGCCUUUUUCGUGAACGAGCUUGUGGUCGUGGUGCGGCAAGAGGGGAUUCAAACGUGGCAAGAGCUCCGUGCCCUUCUGCUGGGAUUUUUCUAUGUGGACCGGUGCUAUCUUGGGCCGCUACGGGAGCUAUGGGAUGAGCUCCAGACGGUCCCGGUCCUAUCGCCAGAGUGUACCUGAAAGGGACUUUUUGUUUGUUGGGGACGAUACUUCUAUCUAUAUAUAGAGGCUUCACGGCAUGUCGAUUCAUUUGCACAUGUUGAUUGUAUGAUACACUAAUGAGAUGAGACAUGGUAUAUAUGAUUCAGCAAGUGGUUGUUUUGCUUGA